CAAUGGCGGCAAAUCAAGAACCUGCUCGCAGAAUAUGAGAGCAAACGGCGAUGAGAGCGCCGACGCAAUUAUAUGGAAGAAGAGAACGCGUUGUCAUAGCAACGUCUGUGGCAGCCAUCUUGGAUGUGAGAGAGGACCGUCAUGUAGCGGCCAUGCUGUUGGCAAGCCACCGACACUCACCUGCGGCGGCGGCUAUUGUGAAGUUCAGUGACGUGACUGAAAUAUCGGAACCAGAGCUGCCGCAGAGCAGGCAAAUGUGGUUUGUGCUGGUGCGGCGACUUUUGCCAGGCCGCAGUGCCGCAGCUGCGACGUUCGCGGCGGUCGGUAAACGAGUGCGCCUGCGUUGUGCCCAGACUCCGACCUCGUCUGGCAUGUGGAAAGAUGGAAACAGAGACAGCGGCAGCGGCAGUGGCAGCGCAGCUGCUUUUUCGAGAUUCCUUACCAAUGCCAAUCACUCCAACUUCAGACGUGCCAGCGUAGACCCAACCACCCAGAACGCCCACACAGUCGGUUCUAAUUUUGAGUCGGGCCCACAUUUUCUAAAUGUGCUGUAAACAAAGCACGCACCAAUUUGCAAGUGGCAGAUAAUGAAAGAGAAACCACUCAAGCAGCACCUGAAAGCCAACUACCUAUGAAGGUCUGAUCAUUAAGCUAUGCUCUGAGACAUUUAAGGCGAACGAGUUGACAAUGUUUAUCUUAAACCAGCAACUAAAGCUAAACUAGAGACUAAUCCACAGAGGACUUAAAACUUAAAAGCUUAUUUUCAGUUU